GCAGUAAAAUUGAAGUGCGACAUCAAGGAGGUUUCUUAUGUCUGACAUCUAAGAUGUUUGUUUAAUUACAAGGGGAUGCAGUUGCUUAAUCCUAAAUUUAUUUCCUCAUGCUAUGCAAAGUAGGGGACUGGAUCUGGGUAUAAAACGGAUGGCAGGAUAGAGUUUUUUACACUCUGCAUGCAUGUUUAAGAGUUGCAUGUUUAGAACAUGGCUCAGCGUAGGAUCGUUUUAGGGAUUUUAUUAUUUUUUUCAGGUCACUUUGGCUUUGUCUCAACCCAAAGCACAAAUGUGUGCAAGACCUUUGGCAGUGGGGUCAUGCAGACUUUCAAUGGGACCAUGUUCCAUGUGAAAACCACAUGUCCUGUAACACUGACACACUUCUCUUAUAAGGGAGUCGACUGUUUCAUCUCUGUGCAGCGUGAUCAAACUGGCAUCAUGAAAAGAGUUGAAAUUUAUGUGAAUAAAAUUGCUACCAUCAUUCAGGAUGGCAUCCUCACUGUGGAAGGAAACAGCAUCUCCCUGCCCUAUGAUCACACCUAUCAGAAAGUGUAUGCAUUUGGCAUUUAUACCAAGCUCACAAGCAAAGUUCUGCCAUUUUCUGUUACAUGGUACAGUUUACCAAUGGGUGUGACAAGAUUCUGGGUGCAACUGGACCGGCCAUUAGUGGAUGGGAUGACUGGGAUGUGUGGGAGACAAAAUAGUUCAGAAACUCGAGCAGAGCUUCUUGAUAGAAAUGUCAUUCAUGAUGACAUAUGUGUGACUGGUGAUUCCCAACCGCUAGAGGAUACGAUUUGUAACGAAUUUAAAUCUAAUGCCAGAGAGUGCCUGGGCAAGAGGCUUUAUAUUUUUGACCAACUGUGCAAGCUCAACAUGUAUAUAAAUAUACAUGAAUCGGCAAAGUGUUCUUUCUAUGAAGAAUUCUUUUAUUUCUGCAAUCAAUCAUAUGCCCUGCAAACAAAAUUGCGGAACAUAACUUCAUGCAAGGAACAUCACUGUCCUGGGGAUCUGCUGUAUAAGGGCCAAGGUGCUGCUUUUCCUCCCACCUGCUCAAACCCCCAGCUUCAGACAGAUUUUCAAACUGCCACCUGUCUUCCUCCAAAUGGGUUGGUCGUGAACGAUCGAGUCGAAAGCUACCACAGUGUUAAGGUGGAGGAUUGUCCUUGUGUGCACAGAGGAAAUAUUUAUGCCCCAAGAGAUAAACGCAGCACAAAGUGCCAAACUUGUGAAUGCAUCGAAGGAAAAUGGAUCUGUUCAGCUAACACCUGUAUGACUCCGUGCAUCAUUGAAGGCUGGUUUGUCACUACUUUUGAUGGCAAACAAUAUUCUUUGCCUGGGACAUGUACAUAUGUGGCUUCAAGGGGACUAAACUGGACUAUAACUGUCAGGUUUUCUGCCAUGACCAUAGAAGAAAUUUACCUUGAUGUGUAUCAGGAACGAUAUAUCUUCUCCUUAAACAGUGUACAACUAAGGGAAAAUGAAAUCACAGCCACAGAUCUGUCACAAACUGAACAUGUCACAGUCUACUGGCAGUCUUCCAUGUUUGUUAAAGUCCAGACAUCUUUUGGAAUGAAGAUGCAAGUCCAAGUUUCUCCUGAAGUUCAAAUGUACUUGUAUUUGAUACAAAAUGUAGUGUCCAAAGGUCUUUGUGGAUCAAACAACAACAACACCGAAGAUGACUUCACUACGAGCAGUGGUAUUGUGGAAAACUCAGCUCAGCCAUUUGCUCUAUCAUGGACACUUGGGGACUGCACAGCAAAUAACCCCUAUUCAUGCAUCAACACUAACAACGAGUUAUUUGCUGAAGAUAAGUGCAGCCAGCUGACAAACACAAGUGGUGUGUUUGCUCUGUGCCAUGAAUACGUGCCCGUUAACUCUUAUUUGGAUGCCUGCAUUCGGAGAACCUGCCAAGCUUCCUCUGGCUUACAGGAGCAUGUGUGUGUUGGCCUGGGAAACUAUGCUAAAGCCUGUGCCAGCCAGGGCAUCAUCAUUGGUGACUGGAGAGCAGAAACCGCCUGCACUCCUUCUUGUGAGAGCAAUCUGAGAUUUGAUUACACCAUGCAGGCAUGUAAUCGUACAUGCCGCUCAUUGUCUGGUACAGACCCAACCUGUGACAUGCCAGAUGACCUAGUGGAGGGCUGUGGAUGCCCACCUGGCACCCAUCUCAACACACCACUCAGGUGCAGCCCUCGUGCCCUUUGCCAAUGCAACUACCCAGGUGGAACAACUCCUCCAGGUCCUGUGGUUAUUGAUGGACGCCAAUGCAUGUGUGAAAAUGGAUAUCUCCAGUGUUCAGACAAUUGCGACUGUCCAAAUGGACAAAUAUGUGUCCAUUGUGCACAAGCACCAGUAAACACAGGGCAAAGGACAUGUGAGAGUCUGAGCAAACCAUCUAGUUCUGAUCUGAGUUGUAUCAGUGGCUGUUACUGUCCAGAAGGCCAGUAUGCAGACCAUAAUGGCAACUGUGUGACUCCAGAGAAUUGCACAUGUGAAUUCAGUGGGAUGGUUUAUGCUUCUGGGCAGGCCGUGGAGUCGAACUGUAAAACAUGCACAUGCAGAGGAGGACAGUGGGACUGUAAAGGAGAUCCAUGCCCAGGAGUGUGUGAAGUGUUUGGAAAUGGACAAUAUAAGACCUUUGAUUCCAAAUGGUAUCGUUUUGAUGGCCACUGUCAGUACACUCUGGUUGAGGACAUCAAUGGGCUAUUUUCCAUAAAUGCGGAGAGUGUGCCAUGUUGCGAUGAAGUUCUAACCUGCUCUCGUGCCAUCUCUGUGAAACUAAAGGAUGAAGUGAUUCUGACCUUGCGUGAUAUGAAUAUAACUCAGAAGUUCCUGGAUGGGUGGCGCUUGAGAGCUCAGCCACUGUACUCUGUCCACACUGUGGGCCUGUAUAUCAUCAUCUCUGUAUCUGAAUUGGGCCUCAGAGUGAUUUGGGACAAGCAAACUAAAGUCACAAUUGAGCUGCAAACUUUCUGGAAUGGUCAAGUGCAUGGACUAUGUGGUGAUUUUGAUGGAAAGCUAAUGAAUGACAUGCUGACGAGGAGCUCCACCGUAGUCUUCAGCACACUGGAGUUUGGGAACAGCUGGAAGACAGCCGUGCCUCCCUGUUCGGAUGUGACCCAGGAACUGUUUCCUUGUGAACGUCACUCAUACUGUGCAGCUUGGGCGCAGCGACGCUGCAUGAUUCUACAAAGUGACACAUUCAAAGCCUGUCACCUAAAGGUUGAUCCAACACCUUACUACCAGGCCUGUAUUCUGGAGUCAUGCUCCUGUGAUUUUGAGGGCAAGUUCCUGGGAUUCUGCACAGCUGUGGCAGCAUAUGCUGAGGCCUGCACAACUCAAAAUGUCUGUAUCAAAUGGAGGACUCCUGACUUGUGCCCGGUCUAUUGUGACUACUACAAUGAAGAGGGUCAGUGCAGCUGGCAUUAUGAAGCAUGUCCUCAACACAUCAAGACUUGUGGGAAAAACAACAAAUUUUCUGGAAAGCUUGAAGGUUGUUACCCACGGUGCCCCAGUGAAAAACCAUAUUAUGAUGAGAACAGAAGAAUCUGUUCGAGUUUAGACAAGUGCACUUGUUACUUCAACUAUACUGUGGUCGAACCUGGUGCUAAUGUGACCACACCAAGUGAAUGCUGUGUGUGCAUUGAGGGGCAACUGAUUUGCGAACCGUGUAUAACAACUACAUCAGCUGCAACCACUGUGACAUCACAAACAUCCUCAGUUACAACAACUACAACAACAAACACACCUAUUAUUACUUCAACAGAGUUCCUUAUAAUAACCGGGACAACAAAGAACCAUAACAGUUCAAGUCCUCAAGUGUCUAAUUACACAACUACACCAGGAAUCACUUCUACAACAACUGAAGAAUCUACAACUACAACCCCAUUUACAACAAUUGCAAUAGAUACAACUUUAAUCACCACAACAACAGCAACAGAGACACCCAUAACCCAAACAUCACAAACAACAGAGCCAGUUACAAUAACCGGGACAACAACAAACCAAGCCAGUCCAAGUCCUCAAGAGUCUACAUACACAACUACUACACCAGGAAUCACCACUAAAACAACUGAAGAAUCUACAGCUACAACUCCAUUUACAACAAUUGCAACAGAUACAACUUUAAUCACCACAACAACAGCAACAGAGACACCCAUAACCCAAACAUCACAAACAACAGAGCCAGUUACAAUAACCGGGACAACAACGAACCAAGCCAGUCCAAGUCCUCAAGAGUCUACAUACACAACUACUACACCAGGAAUCACCACUAAAACAACUGAAGAAUCUACAGCUACAACUCCAUUUACAACAAUUGCAACAGAUACAACUUUAAUCACCACAACAACAGCAACAGAGACACCCAUAACCCAAACAUCACAAACAACAGAGCCAGUUACAAUAACCGGGACAACAACGAACCAAGCCAGUCCAAGUCCUCAAGAGUCUACAUACACAACUACUACACCAGGAAUCACUACUAAAAUGAUUGAAGAAUCUACAACUACAACCCCAUUAACAACAUUUACAACAGAUACAACUUUAAUCACCACGACAACAGCAACAGAGACACCCAUAACCCAAACAUCACAAACAACAAUAACCGGGACAACAACGAACCAAGCCAGUCCAAGUCCUCAAGAGUCUACGUACACAACUACUACACCAGGAAUCACUACUAAAACAACUGAAGAAUCUACAACUACAACCCCAUUUACAACAAUCACAACAGCUACAACUUUAAUCACCACAACAACAGCAACAGAGACACCCAUAACCCAAACAUCACAAACAACAAUAACCGGGACAACAACGAACCAAGCAAGUCCAAGUUCGCAAGAGUCUACGUACACAACUACUACACCAGGAAUCACCACUAAAACAACUGAAGAAUCUACAGCUACAACCCCAUUUACAACAAUUGCAACAGAUACAACUUUAAUCACCACAACAACAGCAACAGAGACACCCAUAACCCAAACAUCACAAACAACAGAGCCAGUUACAAUAACCGGGACAACAACGAACCAAGCCAGUCCAAGUCCUCAAGAGUCUACAUACACAACUACUACACCAGGAAUCACCACUAAAACAACUGAAGAAUCUACAGCUACAACCCCAUUUACAACAAUCGCAACAGAUACAACUUUAAUCACCACAACAACAGCAACAGAGACACCCAUAACCCAAACAUCACAAACAACAGAGCCAGUUACAAUAACCGGGACAACAACGAACCAAGCCAGUCCAAGUCCUCAAGAGUCUACAUACACAACUACUACACCAGGAAUCACCACUAAAACAACUGAAGAAUCCACAGCUACAACCCCAUUUACAACAAUUGCAACAGAUACAACUUUAAUCACCACAACAACAGCAACAGAGACACCCAUAACCCAAACAUCACAAACAACAGAGCCAGUUACAAUAACCGGGACAACAACGAACCAAGCCAGUCCAAGUCCUCAAGAGUCUACAUACACAACUACUACACCAGGAAUCACCACUAAAACAACUGAAGAAUCCACAGCUACAACCCCAUUUACAACAAUUGCAACGGAUACAACUUUAAUCACCACAACAACAGCAACAGAGACACCCAUAACCCAAACAUCACAAACAACAGAGCCAGUUACAAUAACCGGGACAACGACGAACCAAGCCAGUCCAAGUCCUCAAGAGUCUACAUACACAACUACUACACCAGGAAUCACCACUAAAACAACUGAAGAAUCUACAACUACAACCCCAUUUACAACCAUUGCAACAGAUACAACUUUAAUCACCACAACAACAGCAACAGAGACACCCAUAACCCAAACAUCUACAACAACAAAGACACCUGAAUCCACAUCAAUACCAGCAACCACAACUGCACAUUACACUGCUUGCUAUGAUCUGAUUAGAAACCAAACCUGGCCAGAAGGUUAUGAAUGGACAGAAGACUGCUUCACUAAAAUUUGCAAAAACAAUGUAAUUGAGUUAAGACCUUUGAUAUGUCCAACUCCAGUCGUACCUGUGUGCCCCAGAGGGAUGCCAAAGCUGAUGAAAGAUAAACAAGGCUGCUGUGACACCUGGCAGUGUGACUGUCAGUGUGAUGUCUUUGGAGACCCACAUUACACUACCUUUGCUGGACAGGACUUUACGUUCCUGGAAAACUGUACAUAUGUUCUGGUGGAGGAAAGGACUGCUCUUUACAAUCUCAGCAUCAGCGUUGAUAAUUAUUACUGUGAGCCAUCUGCUUCUUGUGCCAAGGGCAUCAUUGUGCAGUACCAAAACAACACAGUCAUGCUUCAAGUGGUUGAAGUUCCCGAUGAUAUUCCCAUAUUACAAAUUACAGUGAAUCAAGUAACAAUAAAGGCCCCAUAUCAAGCACAUGGACUAAGCUUUGAGAGCACAGAUGCGGAAAUCUACAUUUACAUUAAAGAGAUCCGCUCAUACAUCUCUCUCAGUGUAUGGAACACACUGCAGAUCAACCUGGCAAUGGAGCAUUUCUUUAAUAACACACAGGGGCAGUGUGGUGUUUGUGGAGGCGACUCAUGUAUACGCAGGAAUGGUACAGCUGAGAGAGAGGACUGUUGUGAUAAGACUGCAUACGAAUGGAUAGAAAAUGAUCCAAUGAAACCGUAUUGUCAACAAGCUCCCCGGCAUGUGCCGUGUUUCCCUGAUAUACCAACUACUUCUCCUGGGCCAACACCACCGCCCUGCACAGCUCCUCUCUGUGACCUCCUCAGACAUCAAGUGUUCAGCAAAUGCCGUGGGGACAUUGAUGUGGAGAAGCUUGUGAAUAACUGCAAGUUUGAUUACUGUGUGGCCCAAAACAACGCCAGUGUGUGCUCCCCACUAGAGCGUCUAGCUGAUCACUGCAAGAAGAUGGGCACUUGUGUGGCCUGGCGAAAUCUUACCCGUGGAAUUUGUGACAAUACUUGUCCUGAAGGAAUGAUCUUUGAUGAGUGCCGGAGCACCCCAACUGACUUUUGCCGUGGCGGCGUGCGUGUUUCGGGAACAGUUUUGGAUACAGUUAGGUCUGGAUGUUUCUGCCCCAACAACCAGCUACUUGCUGAGAGACACAAGACGGUCUGUGUAUCCGAAUGCACCAAUUGUAAAGGCCCACUGGGAGAACCCAUGCUGGUUGGGGAAACAUGGGAGUCAAAUUGCCACAUGUGUACAUGCAAUAAUCAGACUCUGACAGAAGAAUGCUGGCCAAAACCUACACCUCCAUCUCCUAUAUGCAGUCCUGGCUUUGCUCUCAUCUCUGACUGCUGUGACAACCCGAUAUGCGUUGAGAAGACCUGUGAAUACAGUGGAACAACAUAUAAGGUGGGUGAAACAUGGAGGGACCCCAAGACCCCGUGUCUAUCAUAUCGCUGUACAAGUUCAGGCACUGAAAUAGAGCGGACUGUUUGUCCACAACAGUUUUGUCCUGAGGAACUUCGGUUUUGGGAUGAGAAUCAUUGCUGCUAUUCAUGCAACACAACGUGUGGAGUCAAGUUGUCCAGAAUGACUUUUGAGAACUGCACCCAGGAGGUCAUGCUGCCCACCUGUGAAGGAAACUGUGCAUCAGGCUCCUUUUGGCUGAGGUCUGGAAUAGAUCUGAAGUUGGAGCAUAAUCAGUCCUACUGCCGAGAGAGAGACUACGAGAUAAGACAGAUUUCUCUGGUAUGCAGUGGAGCUACAGCUACACAAUACACUUACAAACACAUCACCAGCUGUGAGUGUCAGCGUGAAGUCUGAAACCUCAAAAGAUCUGCAAUGUCACUGUAAUGCUCAGAGAACCAGGUCUGAGCAUCUUAAUUUUUUACAUGAUUUGUUGUCUCUAUAUAUGAUAUAUGAUAUAGCGAUCUGGUGAUUUCUGCUGUCACUGCCAAAAUAAAUUUUCUGUGAGCCAUUUGUUUUCUUUACAUUUUACACGUUGUGUGAUUAAAUACUAAAAUCUACAAUCUCAGGUUUAAAUGAUAAUCUAAUGCAGCUAAAUUUGACAUUUAUUCAUUUUGAAAUUCUUGAAUGUUCCUUGAAUGUCUGUUUUUAAUCACUUUCAACCAGUGGAUCAUGCAAUGCCUUUCAAUGAUGGAGUCAUAUUUGUAUGAAUCAUAUGUAAUCAAUAAAUAAAUAUAUGCAA